AAGACUGACGUCAUACGAUUUCCUGGAAUCGGGUUACAGCCGGGGAAAUGGAAAUGUUACACUCUAAACAAGAUGCAGAUUGACGUCAGCACAGGCUUACACUGUGAUUGUGGGAGCUGCUCUCUGAUUCAUCAUGCUGCUGGCAGCCUGGGCUGUGUGUGUGCGAUCCAUCCAGAACAGAGGGGACUUUCCAUGACUUGUGCCUAAGAGCUAGCACUCAGCUGGGGGACAAUGUGGGCUGCUACUGGAGAGAUGCCAACCUACCAGAUCCGUACAGCGGGCUCUACUUUGCAACAAGCGGUUGUAGUGACAGCGGCACCAGCAAACCUGCACAGUCCGCAGCAGAUGGCAGAAGAAGCAACGCGCAAGAGAGAAAUGCGGCUUAUGAAAAAUAGGGAAGCGGCUCGGGAGUGUCGCAAAAAGAAGAAAGAAUAUGUCAAGUGUCUUGAAAAUCGUGUGGCUGUGCUUGAGAACCAAAACAAGACUCUGAUUGAGGAGCUGAAGGCACUAAAAGAUCUAUAUUGUCAUAAAGCAGAAUAACUUUUUGGCUUUGGAUUUUGUUAGAGGCAUGAGCAUUUUGCAACCCGGAUCUCAUAAAUGGACUGUGAGCCUACGACGGACUCUGUGCUGAUUUGGGUUUCUGAAAAGUCAGGAGUGUUUCUUACUGGUGUCAAUCACUUAUUUUAUUUUAUUCCUUUUUUUUAAAAUUGCUUUUAGCAGUAUACUUGCAUGCAACUUUUUGCUG